GUUUUCUCUAAAAAUCUCCAGAGCCAUCAGAGAGAGCUUCCCCAGCCCUCUCCCUUCAUCAGCCUUCCUCUUCCUUCUCCAUAUAGCAUCAGUCCAAGAGAUUGAGGCACUUCUGCUCCUCUCUCGUCUGUCUCUGCUGAGCUCCCCCAGCCUCUCCAAAGCGCCCCCACACCAUCACCACCGCCACCACCACCGGUCAUCACCAUGACGGAGUCCAACAAUGAAUGCAGCAUCAAGGUGCUCUGUCGAUUCAGACCCCUGAACCAGUCGGAGAUUCUGCGGGGUGACAAAUUUAUCCCCCUUUUUCAAGGGGAUGACAGCGUCAUUAUUGGGGGAAAGCCGUAUGUAUUUGACCGAGUAUUCCCUCCAAACACGACACAGGAACAAGUUUAUCAUGCAUGUGCCAUGCAAAUUGUCAAAGAUGUUCUUGCUGGUUAUAAUGGCACUAUUUUUGCUUAUGGACAGACAUCAUCAGGAAAGACACACACUAUGGAGGGAAAGCUGCAUGACCCUCAACUGAUGGGAAUAAUUCCUCGAAUUGCCCGUGACAUCUUCAAUCACAUCUAUUCCAUGGAUGAGAACCUUGAGUUCCACAUCAAGGUUUCUUAUUUUGAGAUUUAUCUGGAUAAAAUUCGUGACCUGCUGGAUGUGACCAAGACAAACCUGUCUGUGCAUGAAGAUAAGAACCGUGUGCCAUUUGUUAAGGGUUGCACUGAGCGCUUUGUGUCUAGCCCAGAAGAAAUUUUGGAUGUUAUUGAUGAGGGGAAAUCAAACCGCCAUGUGGCAGUCACUAACAUGAAUGAGCACAGCUCCAGAAGCCACAGCAUUUUCCUUAUCAACAUCAAGCAAGAAAAUGUGGAGACUGAGCAAAAGCUCAGUGGGAAGCUCUAUCUAGUGGAUUUGGCAGGAAGUGAGAAGGUCAGCAAAACAGGGGCAGAGGGAGCCGUAUUGGAUGAAGCAAAAAAUAUUAACAAGUCUUUGUCAGCAUUGGGGAAUGUGAUCUCUGCCCUGGCUGAAGGCACAAAAAGCUACGUUCCAUAUCGUGACAGCAAAAUGACUAGGAUCCUUCAGGACUCUUUGGGAGGGAACUGCCGGACAACCAUGUUCAUCUGCUGCUCACCAUCCAGUUACAAUGAUGCUGAGACCAAAUCUACUCUUAUGUUUGGACAGAGAGCGAAGACCAUCAAGAACACUGCUUCAGUGAAUUUGGAACUGACUGCUGAGCAAUGGAAGAAGAAAUAUGAGAAAGAGAAGGAAAAGACGAAGGCACAGAAAGAGACAAUUGCCAAACUGGAAGCUGAGCUCAGCCGGUGGCGAAAUGGGGAGAAUGUGCCAGAGACAGAGCGUUUAGAUGGGGAGGAAUCAACCCCUGGAGGGGAGCCCUGUGAGGAGACACCUGUGAAUGACAACUCGUCCAUUGUGGUUCGAAUUGCACCUGAGGAAAGACAGAAAUAUGAAGAGGAGAUAAGGCGUCUCUAUAAGCAACUAGAUGAUAAGGAUGAUGAGAUUAAUCAGCAGAGUCAACUGAUGGAAAAGCUUAAGCAACAAAUGUUGGACCAGGAGGAGCUAUUGGUGUCCACACGAGGUGACAAUGAGAAGGUUCAGCAGGAGCUGGGUCAUCUGCAGUCAGAGAAUGAUGCAGCCAAGGAUGAGGUGAAAGAGGUAUUGCAGGCAUUAGAGGAAUUGGCAGUCAACUAUGAUCAAAAAUCACAGGAAGUUGAGGAAAAGAGUCAGCAGAACCAGCUGUUGAUGGAUGAACUGUCGCAAAAGGUGGCUACUAUGCUGUCCCUGGAGUCUGAGCUGCAGAGGCUACAAGAAGUCAGUGGUCAUCAGAGAAAGAGAAUUGCUGAGGUCUUGAAUGGACUAAUGAAGGACCUGAGUGAAUUCAGUGUCAUUGUGGGCAAUGGGGAAAUCAAGCUGCCAGUGGAAAUAAGUGGAGCAAUUGAGGAGGAAUUCACAGUGGCCCGACUCUAUAUCAGUAAGAUCAAAUCAGAAGUCAAAUCUGUGGUUAAGCGCUGCAGGCAACUGGAGAAUCUACAGGUUGAAUGUCACCGAAAAAUGGAGGUGACUGGGCGAGAGCUCUCCUCCUGUCAACUGCUCAUCUCCCAGCAUGAGGCCAAAAUCCGAUCCCUGACUGAGUACAUGCAGAGUGUGGAACUGAAAAAGAGGCAUCUGGAAGAGUCCUAUGAUUCCUUGAGCGAUGAGCUUGCUAAAUUACAGGCUCAGGAAACUGUGAAUGAAGUAGCCUUGAAGGACAAGGAACCAGACACACAGGAUGCUGAUGAGGUGAAGAAGGCACUGGAACUGCAGAUGGAGAACCAUCGUGAGGCCCAUCACCGGCAGCUGGCCCGGCUUCGGGAUGAGAUCAAUGAGAAGCAGAAAAUCAUUGAUGAGCUGAAGGACCUAAAUCAGAAGCUACAGCUAGAGCUAGAAAAACUGCAGGCUGACUAUGAAAAGCUCAAGAGCGAGGAGCACGAGAAGAGCAUUAAACUACAGGAGCUGACAUUUCUCUAUGAGCGACAGGAGCAGUCCAAGCAGGACCUCAAGGGACUGGAGGAGACUGUUGCCCGGGAACUCCAGACCCUCCACAACCUUCGUAAGCUGUUCGUUCAAGACGUCACGACUCGAGUCAAGAAAAGCGCAGAAAUGGAACCCGAGGACAGUGGGGGGAUUCACUCCCAGAAACAGAAGAUUUCCUUUCUUGAGAACAACCUGGAACAGCUUACAAAGGUUCACAAACAGCUGGUUCGUGACAAUGCAGAUUUGCGCUGUGAGCUUCCUAAGCUGGAGAAACGACUUAGGGCUACGGCUGAGAGAGUUAAGGCCCUGGAGGGCGCAUUGAAGGAAGCAAAGGAAGGCGCCAUGAAAGAUAAGCGCAGAUAUCAGCAAGAGGUAGACAGAAUCAAGGAAGCCGUACGCUACAAGAAUGCUGGCAAGCGAAACCACUCUGCUCAGAUUGCCAAACCAGUCCGGCCUGGCCACUAUCCAGUGUCUUCACCCACCAAUCCUUAUGGCACCAGGAGCCCCGAAUGCAUCAGCUACACAAACAAUCUCUUCCAGAACUACCAGAAUUUGUACCUGCAGGCUGCACCUAGUGCUACUUCAGACAUGUACUUUGGUAACUCCUUUGCCAGUGGUGGAACUUCAUCCUCCUCCAGUGGUAAUCUGGCUUCCUACCAGAAGUUAAACAUGGAUAACGGAAAUGCCACAGACAUCAAUGACAACAGGAGUGACCUGCCCUGUGGCUGUGAAGCUGAUGAACAGGCUAAGCUUUUCCCCCUUCAUCAAGAGACAGCAGCCAGCUAAUCCGCCCCCAUGAACUGAUGCAUAUCUGCACUUUGAGGUAACUUUAGGUGUCUAACAGAAACUAGCUUCAGUUUGCUUCCCCAUACUUCAACACUUCUCUUACAGCUCCAAAUUGUUUACUAUCCAUAGGUAGAUUUCUGCCUUCCUCUCUCAAAUGUUGCACAUAUGCUGCCUUGCCUAUUCAUUCCCUUAACCUACACUAAUGUUCUUGCCAGGUGGAGACUGCUGUAGCCGUAGUGCCACUAGAGGUCACUGGUACAUGCCCAAAGAGUGAAUCUGGGAAGCUGGGCAGGGAGAGAUUUUAAAAAGGCAGGAACAGUUAAGAGUUCAAGGACUGGAAAAGACUUUGAGAGAUCAUAGAAUUCCUAUACCUAAAUUAUUUUAGAUAGACUUUAUAUAUCCUGAACUAAGAAAUCUUCAGGAAAAGAACCAUCCCCCACACCUUACUUCCCAACCUCCUCAUUUUUGUUUCCUACCAAUGACCUGUUGGAAAUCCCCUUUGGUCUAUCCCUCCAGCUUCAGCUAAAGCCCUUUCUUUUCACUUUGUGAUGGAGAGAUGAGGGUGGGGAGACAAGACACACCAUUUCACCUUUUUAGAGGCUGCCUGUUCAGAGCUUUCUAAUUCAGGACCCUGUCCUUAUGUAUUCUCUACAUAACUCUCCUAGGUCUCUGGGCCCUAGGUCCUUUCCUUUUCACUUGGAUUUUCUUCAAGAUCGCCCUCAAAUUUAAAACUUGACAACAGGUUUUUCUCAGGCUCUCUGUUUUAGAUCCCUGAGGACCAUUAACAGAGAAGACAUUGGUAGUCUUUCAAUUAAAUUCAAUAAACAUUUUACAUGCCUAAUACAUGUAAGGCAUUGUGUGAGGUGCUGGGGAUAGAAAGAUCAAAACAAAAUAAUCCUUUCACUUAAAGAAAUUUACAUUCUUGCUUCGGCCAAGGCAGCAAUCCAGGUCAAAUACCCCCAGAAAGAGCUCAACCAGAAACAGCUCAACUCAGCCCAAUCUUACACAAAAAUACCAGAUAGGGGAAAAGGUGUUGGAGAUUUAGGGGUGAAGAGAGCUAGGGAACAAUGCAAGAAAAAGCAGCUGAGAAUUGUUUUGGUGGAAUUUAUGUAUAUUGACCUUAUGCCAAAAAUCUGUGAAAUUAGUUUACGUAUUCCUUUUUGAAUCAAAAAACUCAAGUGCUUUUCAUGGCUGGGCUGCAGAGUGAUCCCUCUUUCUUUUUCUUCCCCAGUUUCUAAGAGGGAUUGAGGCCUCUCCUCUCAGCAUGCUGCAAACCUGUGGUCUCUGAUACUAACCCCUUUCCCCAAUCCUCGUUGUUCAACUGUAUCAUGUUUGAUGUCUUUCUCUUGUUCUCUGUAUAUCUCUGUGUACUGUAUAUCAAAACUGCUGCUAUGUCUUUUUUUCCACUGUCUUACUCUUGAAGGUAUCCAAUGAUGUAUCUAGCAACUUUGUAUGCAUAGUCUACCCCACUCACUUGGGGUAGUAAGGAGGAAGGUGAAGGUUUCUUCUCUCUCAUGUAUUUGUCUUUCACACUGAGUGGUAUUAAUCACUGAACUGGGGUCACUGGUAAAGAUGGAAAAAAGGAAGCUAGAGGUCCAUGGCCUUUCUUAUUUCAAAACACAAACAAAGCCUUAAGUUGAAGAAUGUUUUGGCUUUAUAACAAGUUACAGAAACACUUUUUUUUUCCUCCCACAGAUUUAUUGAGCAGGGGUGGCUAGAAUUCCUACCCACUGAGGAUUCCAGAUAUUUACCUCUGUCUUCCAAAAUCUGUCUGUCUUUCCCUUUUUUCUCUGGGCACUGAAAACAUGGGUGGCUGAAAUCACUAUCUCCUCCUUUAUUUCUGCCCUUUGUAUAUGCCACCCGAUAGUUUCUGCCCAAAAUUCCCAGAGUAACACUGUAGUGAUGGAGAAGCAGGGGACUUGAUCCCUUCAACCUUUCUUCACGGAGCCUGGCAAAUAACUGCUUGUCUCUUUUUUUAAAAAACAGUGGAUAGAGAACAGGCAAAUGGUAGCUGGCGUUGUCUGUCUUCUUGAAUUUCUCCCAGUGUAAUGGAGUAAACAGGCAGGGAAAUUUCUUGCACCUAUUUGCAACACUAACUUCAAGGUAUGAAGGAGGUGAGCUGGACCCCUUUCUCUUUGUUCCAUAUUAUGCUGCCUUAUGCUCUCACCUUUCCUCUCCACCCCUCUUCUUGGUUUGGGGUUUUCUAGUUGUCAGAAGAAUGACUUUCUCUAGAUUUAUUCCUUCCAAGCUGGGGGCAACAAUCCAAAUUUCUAUUUUCUGUUUCUUCAGCAAGAAUCCUUUUCAAAGAAUGCACUUUAAGGAAGAAGGGAGGGGAAAAUUUUAAGGAAGUAGAGUUUGAAGACUUAAUAUGUAGGAGCUCCAACUACACCCUCCCUUAGCCCAAAUUGCAACUGCCACUGGGUAGAAGAAAGGAUCAGAAUUUUGGUUUGUUUUUGGGCUCGUUCUUCCAUCCAACUCUGCCUAUGUGCAAGUGGUUUUGUAGAUAAGUGCAAGACUGGAGGAGUUAAACCACUGACUAGAAAGAAAACCAGAUUUCCCUUUUUCUCUUAGGGGUCACUAAAAUAGUGUAGAAGCUUGUAAAUGAAAAUCUUAUCUACAGGACCGUUCUAUAGCCUAAAGUCCCUUCUUUCAAUUUUUGAGGGAGGCUUGGGGGAGGAAUCCAAGAAAGAAAACAGGGGUGUGUCUGCCCUAUGGACAAGAUAAAGAAACCACUUAGAUUUCUUUCUAAAGUUACUCUAAGGCAUAAUAAGUCCAGGAUAGAAAGGAGAACUAACCUUUCUCAAACAAAAGUCACAUCCCCAGAACUAAUCUUUCUCAAAAAAACAAAAAAAAAACCCCAAAAAACCCCAAACCCAACCAAAUCCCCACCUGUAUCAAUCACCAGGAGACUGCAGUACUAAAUAUUUUCCCCAAGACAAAUCUACAUCCUUGAGGCAAAAGGAAAAAAGUGGGAAAGGGGAAGAGAAGACCAUCCAUAGCCAUACCUCUUAGGAUUACAGAAUUCACCACACUCUAAUUAGAGCUAAGGGUGGAUAAGAUAGUCUACAAAUACUUGAGAGGUAAUGCUGAAGGAAAUCACACUGAUAAAGAAGUAAGGGUAAAGUCUCUGACCAAAUGAAAAACCAUUUUAGUAACGGGACUUCAUGCUAAUAUUCGCUACCAGGGGACCCGAGUCCAGUAUGUCUUAUGUAAUAGUGCCAUUUAAUUAUUCUUUUAAGGAGCAGAUGAGUUGUGAAGGCAUGGUGUGGGGGGAAGACAGGUGUGCAAACAGGGUUAGUGGAAGAAGGGCUGGGAAUGCAUCACUCACUCGCUAUACACACGCACGCAACAGAAAAAAAAAAUCCUUCCAUGAAGGCCUCAUCCUGCAUCCCCCUCCUCUUCGCGUCAUCCAUCCCCUCCCUCCCCUAGAGCCUGGGUCUCAGCAUCUGGCUGGCCCACCCACAUCUGCCAAACGUUGCAUGUCGGAGUGGAAGAAAAUACAACACAAACCCCAGUGUCUAUUAAAGUGCGAGCGGAUAUCUUUAAAAAUAAAACGAAAACGUUAACCUUU